CAACAACAGGAAGGAAAAAUCCGUAGUCGAAUUUUCCUGUUUUCCUCUCCGUGAAUAACCGUAACCCCGACUCUCUACUCCGAUCAGUCCACGAUCUCUCUUCUCUCUGGUUGUUCUCGGAUUUGGAUCCAGAACUCGGAGAUUGAAUCAUUAUGUCUUACUCAGAUUCCGACUCCUCUUCCGGUGCCGGCGAGUACAAGUAUUUCAAGCAAAUCACUCGCGAAAGAUUAUUGUCUGAGAUGCUUAAGUCAGCAAAAACUGGGGACUCAAAAUCAACAUGGAAGGUACUUAUCAUGGACAAACUAACAGUUAGGAUCAUGUCCUGUGCCUGCAAGAUGGCUGACAUCACACAAGAAGGAGUCUCAUUGGUGGAAGACAUAUAUAGACGUCGACAGCCGUUGCCAUCAAUGGAUGCUAUAUAUUUCAUCCAACCAACCAAGGAGAAUGUUGGUAUGUUUUUGUCAGACAUGGCUGGAAGGACUCCCUUAUAUAAGAAGGCAUAUGUUUUCUUCAGUUCACCUGUUUCAAAAGAAUUAGUUGCCCACAUCAAGAAGGAUUCAACGGUCUUACCUCGCAUUAGUGCCCUGAGGGAGAUGAAUUUGGAGUACUUUGCAAUAGACAGCCAGGGUUUUCUUACUGAUCAGGAGAGGGCUCUUGAAGAACUAUUUGGUGAUGAGGAGAAUACCAGGAGAGGUGAUGCAUGUUUGCAUGUGAUGGCUACCCGCAUUGCUACAGUUUUUGCUUCAUUAAAGGAGUUUCCUAAUGUGCGCUACCGGGCUGCCAAGUCUCUUGAUACAAUGACAAUGACAACUUUUCGUGACCUCAUUCCUACGAAGCUUGCAGCUGGAGUCUGGAAUUGUCUCAUGAAGUAUAAACAAACAAUUAAAGGCUUCCCAGAGAGGGAAUCAUGCGAGUUACUUAUCCUAGACAGAUCCAUAGAUCAGAUAGCUCCUGUCAUACAUGAGUGGACUUAUGAUGCUAUGUGCCAUGAUUUACUGAACAUGGAGGGCAACAAAUAUGUGUAUGAGGCCACAAACAAAGAAGGCAAGCCGGAGAAGAAAGAGGUCCUUUUGGAGGAACAUGAUCCCAUUUGGCUUGAGCUUCGCCAUGCACAUAUAGCUGAUGCUAGUGAGCGCUUGCACGAGAAAAUGACCAAUUUUGUAACAAAGAAUAAAGCCGCACAAAUUCAUCAUGGUUCAAGGGAUGGAAGUGAACUCUCUACUCGGGAGUUGCAAAAGAUGGUUCAAGCUUUGCCCCAAUAUAGUGAGCAAAUUGACAAGAUCUCCCUCCAUGUGGAUAUUGCAGGAAAAAUCAACAGAAUCAUCAGAGAACUGGAGCUUAGAGACAUUGGGCAACUGGAGCAAGACCUUGUCUUUGGUGAUGCUGGAACAAAGGAUAUUAUUAAGUUUUUGACAACAAAAGAGGAUGCAACCCGUGAAAAUAAGUUGCGCUUGUUGAUGAUUCUUGCAGCCAUUAAUCCUGAGAAGUUUGAAGGUGAAAAGGGUCUCAAUUUAAUGAAGUUGGCAAAACUACAACCUGAUGAUAUGAAUGCUGUAAGUAAUAUGACAUUACUUGGGGCAUCACCGGAAACCAAAAAAAGUUCAGCUGGAUCUUUCUCUCUGAAGUUUGAUCUUCAUAAGAAGAAGAAGGCAACUAGGAAAGACCGCAGCGAUGAACAAGAGCCAUGGCAAUUGUCACGCUUUUACCCCAUAAUAGAGGAACUUAUUGAAAAAAUUAGCAAGGGAGAACUAUCUAAAGAUGAUUACCCUUGCAUGAAUGAUCCCAGUCCAACUUUCCAUGGCUCAUCUAAGGCUUCAUCUAUACAUGAACCCCCUGUUGCUCAUUCAAUGAGAUCAAGGAGGACGCCAACAUGGGCUCGGCCUCGACAGUCUGAUGAUGGCUAUUCAAGUGAUUCGGUAAUAAGACAUGCAUCCAGUGACUUAAAAAAGAUGGGAAAACGUAUUUUUGUGUUCAUUGUUGGUGGAGCUACUAGAUCGGAGCUAAGGGCCUGUCACAAGCUUACAACUAAGCUAAACAGGGAAGUUGUUCUAGGUUCAUCCAGUUUUGACGAUCCACCUCAGUUUAUUACGAAACUGAAGCUGCUCACGGCUCAUGAACUCUCCUUGGAUGAUUUGCAGAUAUAAAACCUAUGGUGUAGGAAGCUUGGAGUGUACUUUUGCUCCAAUCAGAUUUGUAAUCACAUAUUCUUUUUUUUUUUUUUUCUUUUUUUUGGUUAACAUUCAGCAAAAAAGUGUCUUCCUCUUGAUUUUGGUGGCCUUUACCCAGCCAGUCUGAUUAGCACCCAACUUGUUAACCCCGGCGCUUGCUUUGCUGAUUUGUGCAUCUGUAAUUGACAUACUAGGGCCACCACAUAAUUCACGAUUGUAUAAUAUUUUUGUAAUUGAUAUGAAAGCUUAAUUUCAUACAAUUCA